UGCCACUCGAUCGCCAUCAUGCUGCGUACUGCGGUCGGUGGCGCGCGCCGCCUCUCGUGGCUCUCGCACCUCACGCCUGGAGGUCGCCGGUCAUCGAGAGGGCUCUUUGGCCUCCAAGGACUCGUGCAACCGAGCGACUUUGACCGGCUCGGCCGCGACGCCGUCGAGACGUGCCGCCGCCUCAAGGCCGACCUCACGUCGCGCCCGCCGAGCCUCCGCACGAUCCAAGACCUCGACGCGAUCUCCAACGCGGUGUGUGGGGUCAUUGACGCAGCCGAGCUCUGCCGCAACGUGCAUCCUGACGCCCGGUUCCGCGCCGCCGCGUCGGCGUCGUUCCAGCACCUCUCGUCGUUCAUCCAAGAGCUCAACGCGGACGUCGACAUGUACAACUGCCUUCGCGCCGUCACGGACAACCGCAGCCUCAUGGCCGGCUUUACAGAGGAGCAGCAGCGCGUGGGGAUGCUUUUGCGGGCCGAGUUUGAGCGCGAUGGCAUCCACCUCGACGACGCUGGGCGGUUCCGCGUCAUGGAGCUGCAAACGAGAUUACACGGUAUUCGUACACGCUGCGAUCCCUCCUACGACAUCGUGUUCCGUAGCUUGAGCAUGCAGUUCCAAGACAACAUUCACUCGGUGCACUCGUUCAUUGAGGUUCCGACCAAGGCGCUGCGGAUGCUGCCGACGGGGCUCCUUCGGCAGUGCCACGCCAGCGCCAACGGCAUGACGGCGAUCCCGACGACGGUGCCCAUGACCAACAGCAUUCUCAAGUGGAUUCCGGAUCCCAAUGUGCGCAAGCAAAUGUACAUUGCUGGCAACGCGUGCGCCAGCGUCAACCUGCAGGUUUUGGACGACCUGAUUGCGGCGCGCCAUGCACUCGCGACGCUGCUCGGUUUCCCAACGUACGCGCAUCUCGCGACGAGUGACAAGAUGGUCGGAUCGCCAUCCCGCGUCGACGCCUUCCUCCGCGACAUUGCGUCCAACCUCAUGAUCAAGGCGGCGUCUGAGCGCGCGCUGCUUGUCGACGCCAAGACGAAGGCCGAAGGGAAGGGCUUCUUUCCGGCGCCAUUGCCGCUCGAGAGCUGGGACACGCCGUACUACAUGGGCAUGCUCAAGGCGCAGGCGUUCGACCUCGACGCGCGCGUGAUUGCAUCGUACUUUCCGCUCGAGCGCUGCCUCGAGGGCCUCGGGCUCCUUUGCAGCGAGCUCUUUGGCGUCGACAUGACGCCGGAAGCAUCGUCGGCCCCCGAGAGCUGGCACAACGACGUGCGCAAGCUCCGACUGACCAAAGACGGCGUCGACCUCGGUGUCCUCUACCUGGACCUCUUCCCGCGACCGCACAAGUACCACCACGCCGCCCACUUUACCGUUCGGUGCGGCAAGCGCCUCGAGGACGGGUCGUACCAGACACCGAUCGUCGCGCUCGUCUGCAACUUUAGCCCACCAAGUGCCUCGACGCCGUCGCUCCUCACGCACGGCGAGGUCGAGACGCUCUUCCACGAGUUUGGCCACGCGCUGCACUCGCUCUUGAGUCGCACCGAGUUCCAGCACCUCAGCGGCACGCGCGGGCAGCUCGACUUUGUCGAGACGCCGAGCCACUUGUUCGAGUACUUUGCGUGGGACGAGCGCGUCGUGCAGACGUUUGCGAAGCACUACGAGACGCAUCGCCCGAUUCCAGCGUCGAUGCUGGCCAACCUCAAGGCGUCCAAGCACAUGUUUAGCGCGAUGGAGACGCAGACGCAAUGUCUCUACUCGCUUCUGGAUUUGACGCUGUUUCGGGACCAACCGCUGCCGUUCUCGCCGCCGACGACGACGCAGGCGCUGCAAGAGCUCCAGAACAAGGCAACGCUCGUGCCAUACGUCGACGGGACGCACUGGCACACGCGCUUUGGGCAUUUGGUCGGGUACGGCGCGGGCUACUACAGCUAUUUAUACGCCCGUGUCUUUGCGGCCGAGAUCUGGGGCGCGUGCUUUGCCGAGGAUCCAUGGCGACCCGCGUCCGGCCGGCUCGUGUACGAGGAGCUCUUUCGCCACGGCGGCGCCAAGGAGCCGCUUGCGAUGCUCACGUCGAUCGUGGGCAAGACGCCGACGAGCACGCGGUUUGUCGACGAGCUCGGCGUGUAGCCGAUGACGCCGCUCCGUCCGUGUCGACGCACUCAUUCGUUGGUCGUCAUCGGAGUUGGAUAACGCGAAACAAUAAAGAUUGGAGGGGACGCGCGAGAACACGACAGAUUGCGUGGCCUGCAAAUCGCCUGCGUCAUCACCGCAGCUUCAAGUGGC